GUCAUUUCUAUUCGCGACACCGAUUCUUUUUCCUCAAACGAUGUAAAAACACUUCUAUCUAUGCGUGUACCCUAAUUAGUCGGAUGAUCUCAGAGCUCGAAGUACGGGCCGAUAUGGAUCGAACAGAUAAUGGUAAACGUUUGUUAAAUUUCAAACGUGCUAAAUCAUUGAGUAACUAAAUCGUAAUUAAAACUUGUUAUCGCUCGGAAACUAUAAGCGAACGAUGCGUAUCUAAUCUUUAUAAGUAUAUUAUGCUGUUCUCUAAUUCUUGUAUACCGUUUGUUUCCAAACUUCGGCUCAGCAAAGUUCGGGCGAUGUGUAUGAAUAAACACGUUCUUUCACUCUCUCGCCUUUAAAGCUGUUUGUACACUGAUUCACGGUGAUAUUUAGAAACGUAAAAUUGCAUUUACGUCUGAAACUCGUCUCCACCGAUGGAAAGGUUCUAUCGUGGAAGAAACCGUAGCCGAAAAGAAUCUCGCGUUUCGAGUGAAAACGGAGAACCGUAUACAGCAUUUUUACGACGCGUAGGAACAGAGGUGUGCGUUUACGCGAGGGACCAACCGGCCGUAAAAUCUGAGUGAGGAAGAAGUUGGUCGACCACUGGUCGCCAAAUUGAAAUCUAUGGACGUAACUACCGAGCAAACUGAAUACCGAGGACGCUCGGUGUUUAUCUUCGGUAAGACAAACAUGUAAAAAAUGCCUUUGGGCAGAAUGUUGCGUAAUAACAGAGACUGAAUCGAGAAUAUGAAUCGCUUUCGAAAGUGUAUCGAAUACUAGAGAUCAGGAGAUCAUCGCGACGACGCGGUCGAAUCAGAAGUAGCUGAUAGGAAUUAAUCGAGGAAUUCGUAGACAUGUAGGUAGGCGAUUAUACAAUAUCGUCGAGCCAGAGCGUGUGCGCUCUUCGGUCGGACGUAUCUACGCGCGAAAACGCUGUCGUAUCUUCGAGUCUAGACGUAAACGCAGUCGAAAACGAAUCGAAAGGGUCGGGAGCUCGUCCUUAAAGAGGAUCGGCGUGGGCAAAGAGGGGCGAGGACAAAUCGAGCCGGUUUGGGAAAGGAGGAGACGAAGAGUAUAGCUUUGCUCCUACCUACGAGAGAACGGUGUAAGGUAAGGAGGAUCGUGUGUGCACGUAUACGCGACGCAGAGAGAACGACGUCCCACGCCGGCGGGGCGACACGCGGGUAAGAAAAGUAGGGAGUCGGAUCCGCGGCGUUCUCCAGGCACGAACGUGGCAAUGGUAGCGAAGGAGAGGAACGGUGUAUCGUGUGGUCACUAGGGCCAGCGAGCCAUCGCCGAUGCCACAUCGACUCGCGGUACCGAACCGUGAACAUCGGUUCAACAGUUCUCACGCAUCACGGCAACCGAGACACACGCGAUCCGAUACGAGAAGCGCGAGUAGAAUCUUGUCGGAACUCUGACACCUCAAGGACGAGGAGUAGAAACGUUCGUGAACGGACGGCCGGUCGAGCUGUCGUCCCGGUUUCGGAGUCUAGUGUCACUCGUUUGUUUUUUCGAGGCAAUCACAGUGCGCGAGUUUAGUUCCGAUAUUUUUUCUCUUCGCAUGAGACGAGUGAACGAAAAUGACGAAUAGAAAGAAGGGUGGGAGAGGCAAAGAAGUCGCUACGACUUCUUCGACCUCUUCGGACGCGACCCGAGUGGUCGAGACGGUGGAAGUGGUGUCGACGAGCGUCGUCGAGGAGGCGAGACAGGUUGUAGAGAGCGAAUCCAGCAGCAGCGUCGUCGAAAUGAUCAGCGCGAGCCGUGAAGUAGUCAUGGAUUCGAUGGGUAACGUGCUCGAGGUCGUCGAGACUUCUCCACGGACCGUGGGUCAGACUUCCAGGUAUAAAAGUGGGAAGAGUUCCCAAGAAUUUCUGACCGAGGAACGGUCGCAGUCCUUGAAACAAGACGAAAUACUCCGCGAGGGCUUACGAAAAGAUUUAAAAGGGGAAACGUCGAAAAAAUCGACGUCCUCCAGCAUGGUCGUAGAGACCUCGUCCGUCGGAGAUCAUCACGAUCAUUCGUCGACGGUCUCCAACGGAACCAUGAAUCAUCCGCGAGUUCAGACGUCGACAAAAUCCUACGAGAGCAGACAAGCCAGCGAGGAAACUCGCGAAGAAAGAACGACCGGUGGACAGACAGUGGCGAAGACCACGAAAAUCCACGAAUCGGGGGAGAAGAUGGAUGACAACGGAAUGGUGACAGCUUCACAGAGUCGCAGCGUGGAGGAUGAGACCAAGAUUUUACCAGACGCGGGUCGAGUCAAAUUUACGGACGACGUUAAAGUCGGUGAGAGUGCUGCGCUGAGCGGUGGAAGGACGGGCGUAACGAGCGAGAUCGUCGCGCGUCGCAACGAACGGCCCGCGUGGGACAGCACAUUCAUCGUAGAAAGUCCGAGCAAAGAGAAAAAGUCCGAAACCUCUCGAGUCGGCGUAGACGAGAAAUUGGAUCGGUUCGUCCAACGGGAGAGCGCGUCCAGCGUUGAAAUCUCUGAGAGCUCGUUCGUCGACCAGCGUACAUCGUCUUCGACGUUUCGCGACUAUGCGAACGUCGAGGUCUUCGAUCGAAACAUCCAACGCGAAUCUCGCUCAUCCAGCGACAGAAUCGAUCUUUCGGAAGACCAAAGACGGAUCACGAGCACGGGAUCGCGUUUCGCAAAGCCUGGAGAUUCCGCGUGGGAUGGAACGUUCAUCGUGGAAAGGACACCACCGAGGAAGACAAACGCUUCGGACGCCUCCGUGUUCCGGCAUGCCGGUUCGGACGACGUAAUCGAGUCGACGCAGAGAUCGGAUUCGAGGGUGACGAGCACGGAUGGAUCUUACGAAAAGAAGUCGUCGAACAUGGUCCACAUGGUGCAGGGCGCUACGGAUUCUUCCAGAUUCAUAUCGGAGGAACGUAGGGACGUCACCGAAGAAGUACGAAGUAGUAUCGAUGGGAAACCGAUCGACAGAACAGACGGUCCGAGAGACAGGACGUCUCCGACUCGGAAAAUCACGCGACCUGGAGAUUCCGCGUGGAACGGCCGAUUCGUGUACGAAAAGGGUUAUGACAGUGGCCAGAGAUCGGACGAGACGGUCGUCAGGAGGAGCGAGAAGCGGCACGACUCCGUAGAGGUGCAAGACGUUACCGAAGAGCAAAAUAUUUCGGAGUCCCGUUCGUCGUCGUACGUCGUCGAACACGCGACGUCGACCGACGAGAAGAAGACGACCGUGGAAAAAGUAUCGUCCGUCUCCGAAACGAUCUUCGAGGAGGACUCCGGUUCGCCUCGGAGACCGUCGAGCCCGGAGAAACCGGCGAAACGCGAUGGUACGUCGAGGUGUUACAAACUCGGUCAGUCAACGUGGGACGGUAGUUUCGUGUACGAGAAACAAGUCCCGGAACGUAAGAAAAAGGUCGACUCGCGAAGGCCGACCGAUACCGUCAUUAUUCGAGACGUAUCCGAAGAUAAUUCGAUUAACGAAACAGAGAUCUCGUCAACUUCUUACGUGGUCGAACAUUCCUCCAGUCGGCAGAGUUUCACCGACGUCAGAGAUUCGAGUUUAACGUCGGUUCACGAGACCGUUUACGACUCGCGAUCGGUGCAUCCGUCCAGCAGACCAGGAAGUCCGGAGAAGAUCAGAGGUAGCAGGCUCACCGAGUCUGGUUCGUCGACUUGGGACGGGACCUUCGUCAUGGAGAGAUCGCCGCAACAAGCCGAUGAACCGCGCCCCAAGUCAGCCCAGAUGCCACAGAGAUCCAGCGAGCAUAUCAGCGAUACCACGUUGGACAUUCGUGAUCGACAGGUAUCGAGCACCUCGGACUCGACCGUCCUACGGCAAUCUGCGACAACGCACGAAAGUCAUACCGAUUCGAGCAUGGAUCAUUCCACGAGUUCCGUAGAGACCGUGAUCGUACGUGACGGAGUCCCGGUAAAAGAGCCCGUGACGAUCAAGCAGAGUCCGAAGAGUCCAGAGAAGAAGGGUCCGGAACUAAAAAGAUCCAGCGGUCCUGAGAAGGACAGAUCCGUUCGACCAUCGAAACCGGGCGCGUCUACGUGGGACGGAUCGUUCGUGUAUGAGAAACCGACUGAAAAACGUGUCACGAUCCGUACAGACGACAGCGAGCACCCGAAAGACGAACGGUCGACUCACGUCACCGAAAAGUCGAUCACUCUUUCGGACACUGCCAGAGAAACCUCGGAAUUCCGUACCUCAACCACACUCGAACACACGUUAGUGUCGGACUUGUCGAAGGUGUCCGAAACGAUCGUUCGCGGAGACGAUGAAAAGACUGUAAAAUUCGAGAGAAAAGAGUCACCCGCCGAGAAACGGCCUGAGAAACAACCUGAGAAACCGAAGAGUCCCGAGAAGAGUCCGGCAGACAGAUCCGUCAGACCAACGAAACCAGGUGCCUCGACUUGGGACGGAUCCUUCACGUACGAAAAACCGCAGGAGCGGAAGAAGGAACCGGGCCGUAAAACAGGACGAAAGGAAUCUCCUGGGGACGAGCCGAGCGGUUCUCCAAUGCCGAAAGAUGCCACGAGAAUCUCGAUCGUAAAACGCGACUCGAAGGACGCGCGCGACACUAAAGAUAUCACAGAGAUCUCAGUGGUGAAACACGACGUAAUGGAUACGCGAGAUACGAAGGACGUCAGGAAAAUGUCGAUGAGAAAAGACGAAGAGGACGUCCGUGAUACGACAAAAGUUUCGGAGUUCAAACGCGACGCGGAAGAUAUAAAAGAUACCAUAGAAAUUUCAGUGGCGACACACGACGUAAAGGACAUACGAGACUUGAAGGACACCGAAACGAUUCGAACUUCUUACGCGAUUGACCGAUCCAGCAUCCUGCAGGACGUGGAGGAGCGUGUCAUCAGCGAGUACACAAUGGACACGCGCGAAGAUUUGAGAAAUGUUACUGAGUCAACGAGCGAGUUCAUCCACGAAGAGGCGACCAGCAUGGUAGCGCGAGAUGUCGUCGACGAGCGGUUCGACGGAUACCCGACGAUUCCCAAAACGUCGGCGGAUUCCCCGAGGAAGGAGUCACCGGACCGUCCCGGACAUCCCCGAGGAAUCCCUGGACUGCGGGAGGACGAUCGACCGAAAUCUAUUCCGGCUGCUGGAAAGCCGAGUCGACCUCCCCCGCAGCGGGAACGGAGUCCCGCAGGGACGAAAAGACCCACGAGCGGCAGUAGGCCACGGUCCCCGGAAAAGACUCGCGAUUACGUCGCCCCGAAGAAGCCGUUACCCGCGGCGGGGAAACCGAGUCGCCCGGAGGAGAGGCCUGGCAAGGCGCCACGACCCGAGGAAACGACGACCGAUGGACAGCCUGGUAGAUUCGAAGAGAGGCCGAGGAAGGGAGAUCAAACGCCUGACUCUCUCGACGAUGACGAUACUCAGGCUGCGAGAUUCCCCGAUGUACUGUCAAAGAUACCUCUCAAGGAACAGUGCAUCUGCGAACUGUGCACCUGCGGGAGACAUCGUUGUCCUCACGAUCUCCCCCAGGAUCAUCUGGAGAUCCCGCGGGAACCGGUGCACGCGGUCACCUCUUAUCGCGAGGAAUUUGACGAGAAACGCGUCGACAGGCAAACGGUUUAUCGUCAUGAGGACCACCUUCGGAUGGAAGGGGAAUUCGUCGGCGAGAGGCGAACGGAUUUCAUCGCGACUAAGGGCGAAAGGGCGCCGGUGAGAAGACCGGAGGACAAUCUCAAGCCCGAAGGUGAGUUUCUGGGCAGACCGAAAGAAGAAGCGCCGAAACAUGGGGACAGAGCACCGGUCAGAAGACCACGAGAUAAUCUCAGACCGGAGGGCGAAUUCGAUGGUACGACUACCACGGAGCUUUUUUACACCGGAACACCCGGCGAACGACCUGAACCGGUGCGUCGUAAUACCUAUACGAAGGUCGAAGGAGAAUUCUUCGAUGCCACCACGACGAGAUCCGAGUACGUCGAUCAUCAGACUGUACAACGAGCCGAGAUCGUUAAACGUACGGACAACCUCACGGUGGGAGAGGGUGAAUUCACGGGUACCUCUCGUAUCAAGGAGGACUUCCACACCUACGAUGUCGUCGCGAGGGAGCCUCGACGACGACUUACUUAUACCGAGGAGGACGACUAUCGGUUCUACGAUAAAACUGACAUCAUGGAAAGCACCACGACCACCCAGGAGGAAUAUCGCAGUUUCGACCAGACGGAUUACAGAAGCACUGCCGUGAUCAGACGGGAUGACAACUUGAAAAUCGAGGGACCGUUCGAUGGUGUGCCCCAAACGAAAGACGAUUACAUCGUGCCGGCGAUAACUAGGAGACCGGAACCGCAGAGGCCUAAGGACAACUUGAAACCGGAAGGUCCGUUCGAAGGAAGGCCCAAAGACGAUUACAAACCGACUAGAGGAGAAAGAGCUGACGUUAAAAGACCGGAGGAUAACUUGAGACCCGAAGGACCGUUCGAGGGACGACCAAAGGAUGACUUUUCUCCGAAGAGAGCCGAACGUCCCGAAGUUAAGAGACCUCAGGACAAUCUGAGACCGGAGGGACCGUUCGAAGGAAGGCCAAAAGAUGAUUACAAACCAACCAGAGGCGAGAGAGCUGACGUGAAACGACCUGAGGACAACUUGAGACCGGAGGGACCCUUCGAAGGAAGGCCAAAAGACGAUUACAAACCGACUAGAGGAGAACGGGCUGACGUUAAAAGACCGGAGGACAACUUGAGACCCGAAGGACCGUUCGAGGGACGACCGAAAGAUGACUUCUCUCCGAAGAGAGCCGAACGUCCCGAAGUAAAGAGACCUCAGGAUAAUUUGUAUCCCGAAGGUGACUUCGAGAGGCCAGAGAAGCCGGUGUUUGGUCCUGUGGAAAGGCGCACGCCGAUCAAACACGCUGACAAUCUUCGUCCCGAAGGAGACUUCGAUCGACCUGAUCGCGAAGAGUACCGGCCAGCGGAGAGGCCCGAGGUAAAGAAGCCUAAAGAUAAUUUAAGACCAGAAGGCGACUUUGAACGUCCUUCGCCCGAGAAGUUCGGCCCCUCGGAACGUCGAACGCCUAUCAAGCAUCCGGAUAAUUUAAAGCCCGAAGGAGAAUUCGUCGGAAGGCCGAAGGACGACUUUACUCCCACGAAGGGCGACAGGGCGGUCGUUAAAAGGCCGGAGGACAAUCUGAGACCGGAAGGUACGUUCGAAGGCCGUCCAAAGGAUGACUAUGGACCGGUACGCGGAGAACGAGUCGACGUUGUUAAGAGAACGGAUAAUCUCCGAAUGGAGGGACAGAUAGAGACGUAUAGAUCCAGAGACGAAUAUACGGAAUUCCUGAUUCACGAGAGAGCAGAGGUGACGAAGUACCAAGAUAAUUUGCGUAUGGAAGGAGAAUUCGUCGAUAUGAGAACCAGGGAUGAUUACAAGGUAGUGAAAGGCGAAAGGGUCGAGACGAUCAGACAUCCCGACAAUCUAAAACCGGAGGGUCCGUUCGAAGGCCGCCCUAAGGACGACUACGUUCCGAAACGCGGUGAGAGAGCAGAAAUUAAGAAACCGGAAGAUAACUUAAAACCAGAAGGAGAAUUUAUCGGCAGACCUAAAGAAGAAGCGCCUAAGCACGGUGAAAGAUCUCCGGUGAAGAAGCCGAAAGACAAUCUGCGACCCGAGGGAGAAAUCGAAAUCCCCGAGAAGCAUGUCUUCGGUCCCGCAGAGAAAAGAACGCCUAUCAAACACGCGGAUAAUUUGAAACCGGAAGGGGAAUUCGAACGUCCUACACCAGAAGAAUUUAGACCUGCCGAGAGACCUAUCGUUAAGAGACCGACAGACAAUCUGAAACCAGAAGGCGAAUUCGAGUAUCCGGAGAAGAAACCUGUUGGACCGAGUGAGCGACGUACUCCGAUCAAGCACGCAGAUAAUUUGCGACCGGAAGGCGAUUUCGAGAAACGCAAGCCGGACGAAUUCAGACCGGCCGAGAAACCAGUCGUUAAGAGACCAGAGGACAAUCUUUAUCCGGAAGGUGAAUUCGAAUAUCCGGAGAAAAAACCUGUCGGCCCAAGUGAGAGACGAACUCCGAUCAAACACGCUGAUAAUUUACGUCCAGAAGGCGAUUUCGAGAAACGCAAGCCGGACGAAUUUAGGCCGGCCGAGAGACCAGUCGUUGUAAAGCCGCAAGACAAUCUGAAACCCGAAGGAGAGUUCGUUGGACGUCCCAAAGAAGAGGCGCCGCGAAAGGGAGAACGUGCAGACGUUAAGAGGCCACAAGAUAAUCUCUAUCCCGAAGGUGAAUUCGAUUAUCCGGACAAGAAACCCGUCGGUCCUGGUGAACGACGAACUCCGAUCAAACACGCAGACAACUUGCGACCGGAAGGCGAUUUCGAGAAACGCAAGCCAGACGAAUUCAGACCAGCCGAGAGACCAGUCGUUAAAAGACCAGAGGACAAUCUCUAUCCCGAAGGUGAAUUCGACUAUCCGGAGAAGAAACCUGUCGGUCCAGGUGAGAGACGAACUCCAAUCAAACACGCAGACAGUUGACGUCCAGAAGGUGAUUUCGAGAAACGUACGCCGGACGAAUUCAGACCGGCUGAGAGACCAAUCGUUAAAAGACCAGAGGACAAUCUCUAUCCCGAAGGUGAAUUCGACUAUCCGGAGAAGAAACCUGUCGGUCCAGGUGAGAGACGAACUCCAAUCAAACACGCAGACAGUUGACGUCCAGAAGGUGAUUUCGAGAAACGUACGCCGGACGAAUUCAGACCGGCUGAGAGACCAAUCGUUAAAAGACCAGAGGACAAUCUCUAUCCCGAAGGUGAAUUCGACUAUCCGGAGAAGAAACCUGUCGGUCCAGGUGAGAGACGAACUCCAAUCAAACACGCAGACAGUUGACGUCCAGAAGGUGAUUUCGAGAAACGUACGCCGGACGAAUUCAGACCGGCUGAGAGACCAAUCGUUAAAAGACCAGAGGACAAUCUCUAUCCCGAAGGUGAAUUCGAUUAUCCGGAGAAGAAACCUGUUGGACCGAGUGAACGACGAACUCCGAUCAAACAUGCUGACAAUUUACGUCCAGAAGGCGAUUUCGAGAAACGCAAGCCGGACGAAUUUAAACCGGCCGAGAGACCAAUCGUUAAAAAACCAGAGGACAAUCUCUAUCCCGAAGGUGAAUUCGAAUAUCCGGAGAAGAAACCCGUCGGCCCAGGUGAGAGACGAACUCCGAUUAAGCAUACUGACAAUUUACGUCCAGAAGGCGAUUUCGCGAAACGCAAGCCGGACGAAUUCAGACCGGCCGAGAGACCAGUUGUUAAAAAACCAGAGGAUAAUCUUUACCCCGAGGGUGAAUUUGAGUAUCCAGAGAAGAAGCCUGUCGGUCCUGGUGAACGACGAACUCCGAUCAAGCACGCAGACAACUUGCGACCGGAAGGCGAUUUCGAGAAACGCAAGCCAGACGAAUUCAGACCAGCCGAGAGACCAGUCGUUAAAAGACCAGAGGACAAUCUCUAUCCAGAAGGUGAAUUCGAGUAUCCAGACAAGAAACCCGUCGGUCCUGGUGAACGACGAACUCCGAUCAAACACGAAGACAACUUGCGUCCAGAAGGCGAUUUCGAGAGACGCAAGCCGGACGAAUUCAGACCAGCCGAGAGACCAAUCGUUAAAAGACCAGAGGACAAUCUGUAUCCCGAAGGUGAAUUUGAUUAUCCGGAGAAAAAACCUGUCGGUCCAGGUGAGAGACGAACUCCGAUCAAGCACGCUGACAAUUUACGUCCAGAAGGCGAUUUCGAGAAACGCAAGCCGGACGAAUUUAAACCGGCCGAAAGACCAGUCGUUGUAAAACCGCGAGAUAAUUUGAAACCCGAAGGAGAGUUCGUUGGUCGUCCCAAGGAAGAGGCUCCGAAGCGUGGAGAACGUGCAGAUGUUAAGAGGCCACAGGACAAUCUCUAUCCCGAAGGUGAAUUCGAAAUACCGGAGAAGAAGCCCGUCGGUCCCGGUGAGCGACGUACUCCGAUCAAGCACGCAGAUAAUUUGCGACCGGAAGGUGAUUUCGAGAGACGCAAACCGGACGAAUUUACACCAGCCGAGAGACCAGUCGUUAAAAGGCCGCAAGAUAAUUUGAAACCCGAAGGAGACUUCGAGAGGCCCGAACCGAAAAAGAUCGGUCCAGGGGAGAAGAGGACUCCCAUUAAACAUCCGGAUAACUUGAAACCUGAAGGAGAGUUCGUCGGGAAACCGAAAGACGAAGCUCCGAAGCGUGGAGAACGCGCGGACGUGAAGAGACCGCGGGACAACUUGAAGCCCGAAGGUGAUUUCGAAAGGCCUGAGAAGUCCCCGACUAAACCCGCUGAGAGGCGAACGCCGAUCAAACAUCCGGAUAAUUUAAGGCCCGAAGGAGAAUUUGCUGGGAGACCGAAGGACGACUAUAAGCCUGUUCGAGGCGAAAGAGCGGAUGUUAAAAAACCGGAGGACAAUCUCAGACCCGAGGGUCCGUUCGAGGGACGUCCGAAAGACGAUUUCGUUCCUGUCCGUGGCGAGCGCGUAGACGUAGUGAAACGCGAAGACAAUUUACGAAUGGAAGGAAGCAUGGAGACGUACAGGUCCAGAGACGAGUACACGGAGUUCACGACUCGGGAAAGGGCAGAGGUCACGAGGUAUCGAGACAAUUUGCGAUUGGAGGGCGAGUUCACGGAUACUAGAACGAGAGACGAUUUCAAAGUAACGAAGGGUGAACGCGUCGAGAUUGUGAGACAUGAGGACAACUUGAGACCGGAAGGGCCGUUCGAAGCUCGUCCCAAGGACGAUUAUUCCCCGAAGAGAGCAGAAAGGCCGGAGAUCAAGAGGCCCGAAGACAAUCUUAAAACCGAGGGAGAGUUCGAGAGACCCGAGAAGAGACCCGUUGGUCCGGCCGAAAGACGUUCUCCUAUCAAACACGACGAUAAUUUAAGACCGGAAGGUGAAUUCAUCGGAAGGCCGAAGGAGCCGGUACCGAAGAAGGGAGAAAGAGCGGACGUGAAGAGGCCUAAAGACAAUUUGAAACCGGAAGGAACCUUCGAAAGGCCCGACAAGAAACCGGUUGGUCCCGCCGAGAGACGAAGUCCUAUCAAACAUCCGGACAAUCUGAAGCCCGAGGGAGAAUUCGUUGGUCGUCCCAGGGAAGAAGCUCCGUCGAAAGGGGAACGGGCGGACGUGACCAGACCAAAAGACAAUCUACGCCUCGAAGGCGAGUUCCAAACACCGGAGAAGUCUCCAGUGGGUCCGGCAGAGAGGAGAACUCCCAUCCGGCACGAAGACAACCUCCGCCCCGAAGGAGACUUCGUUGGCAGACCCAAGGACGAUUUUACACCGAAGCGAGCCGAUAGGCCUGUUCAGAAGAAGCCUAAGGACAAUCUGAAGCCCGAGGGCGAGUUUAUCGGUAAGCCUAAGGAGGAUUACGUGCCGACGAAGGGCGAGAGGACGGAGAUAGUCGUUCACAGGGAUAAUUUGAAAAUGGAAGGCGACAUCGACGUUCGUCGAUCGCGGGACGAUUACAAGACCGUGACCAAAAUCGAACGCGUCGAAGUCGUGAAGCACGAGGAUAAUUUAAGGAUGGAGGGUGAAUUCGUAGAUGUUCGAAGACGCGAUGACUACGCAGUGACUCGCGGAGAACGCAGCGAGAUCGUUAAGCACGAGGAUCAUCUCAGACUCGAAGGCGACUUCGAGGUUCCGGAGAAGAAACCCGUCGGUCCGGCGGAGAGGAGGACGCCCAUCAAGCAUCCUGAUAAUUUAAAACCCGAAGGGCAGUUCGCGCAACGGCCUAAGACGCCCACGCCGACCAAGGGCGAUCGAGUUCCCGUAAAGAAACCGAGGGAUAACUUGAAACCUGAAGGGGACUUCGAAAGACCGGUCAAAUCUCCCGUUGGUCCGGCGGAGAGACGCACGCCUAUUAAACAUCCCGACAAUUUACGUCCUGAAGGAGACUUCGCCGGACGACCGCGGCAGGACACGCCGACCAGAGGAGAACGCGCCGACGUGAAGAAGCCGAAGGACAAUUUGCGUCCUGAGGGAGAGUUCACGAAGCGAUCACCUCGGAAGGUCGGUCCAGCCGAGAAGCGAACGCCCAUUCGUCACGAGGACAAUCUUCAUCCGGAAGGAGAUAUGUACAUCGUGCCGAAGGACGACUUCACCCCGAAAAAAGGCGAACGUGCACCUGUUAAGAAGCCUCGGGACAAUUUGAGGCCGGAAGGUGAAAUGGACGUUAGUCCUAAGAACGAUUACGGAUACGUAAACGGUGAACGAAUGGAACUGCGACGUCAUGAAGAUAAUUUGAGAAUGGAAGGAGAGAUGGACGUUCGACGCUCGAGAGACGAUUACAAGAAGAUCACCAGAGUCGAACGAGUGAACGUUAAGAGGCACGAGGACAAUUUGAAAAUCGAAGGCGAAUUCACAGACGUUCGUCGCAGAGACGAUUACGUGCGAGUCAUCGGCGAGCGCACGCCGGUCAAGAAACAUCCCGAUAAUUUGCACCCGGAAGGGGACUUCGACAGACCGAUCAAAUCUCCCGGUGGUCCGGCGGAGAGACGCGCGCCUAUUAGACAUCCCGACAAUUUGCACCCCGAAGGAGACUUCGAGAGACCCACGAAGUCUCCUCCGGGACCGGGUGAAAGAAGGUCGCCCAUCAAACAUCCUGAUAAUUUGAAAUCGGAAGGAGAGUUCAUAGGAAGAUCCCGGAACGAUUUCACGACAACGAGAACAGACAGGAGCGAAAUUGUGCGCCGCGAGGACAAUUUGAAAACGUCGGGCCAAUUCCACGACGCGACUUCUCAAAGGUCCAGUUACACCGUGGUUCGUGGGGAACGGGCAGACAUCAAAAGACACGAGGACAAUCUGAAGAUCAGCACAGACGCUAUGGACACGAGGACGACGUCGAGAGAGAUGUUCACUCCCACGAAGAAAGCGGACUCGCCUACUGGCAGAAACGCCAGCCGCAGAUAUCAUACGGAAUCUUCGAUUUCUCUGGGCGACGACGUCUCUGCCGUGAGCAUGACUUCUCAACGGAAUUACGACACGUUCACGAAACGCACUGCCAAGGAAGUCGCUGCCAAAAUCAGCAGUAGCACUAGCAACAUGGAGUCUGACACCCGAAGAAGCGAGUCGAGAACUCUGGAGAACGGAACUACAGUCGCGAGGAAAUCGACCGGAGAGAGAAUCUCCUCUGCUCAGAAUGUUCAGUACCAAGCUCAUCGCGUUGCGCAUGACGGUCCCGGUGGUCCUCACACGGACUCUGGGAAGACCGUAACGACCGUUUUCAGUGACGAUCAACAGUCUCUGAACGAGCAACGUCAUCAUCGUCAUCAACAGCAGAGAACGCAUUCAAGCGAGCAGUAUUCGAGAUCUCAGAACGUGUCACGACGGAUCAUUGACGAGAGAUCGACCUCGGACGUUCAGAAUCAUCAACAGAGACAUCAUCACCAGGAAUCUAGUAAACGGGAUUACGUGAACACUCAACACGUGGAAUCUCGACAGAGUGCUACCAGGCAGAGGCAGCAACACGAACAGCAUACUAUUUCCAGUCAAUCUCGGUACGAUUCGAGUCAGGCGAGCAGCGCGGAGUUCAGACAAGCUAUCAGCGGUCAAUCGGUGGAAAGAUCGCAGACGGACUCUCAAGUGAAGAUCGGUCAUCACAGGAAGAACGUGAUCUCCUCGUCGGCGGACGUGACCAAUUCGGUUCUCCACAGACGAGGAGCCACGUCGUCCUCCACGGAAGCGCUUCACACGAUUUCGUCGACGGCCGCCGAUCAGAAGAAGAGCAUCUCGAACCUGGCGGAGACCGGCCGAUACAUCAGCAACUCCAGUCAGAGCAGCGACAGGCGCAGUCUGACCUCUUUGCAUCGCAGCACUAAAGAGGGAAACCCUUGGGCGUCCUCGACCUACGAGCGGCCACAGAGGAUUGUUAGACGGGACAAUCUGACGGUCGGUGGAGGGAAAUUCUAUUCGCACAGCGAGGCGAAGAGCUAUGGGAAUUUUUCCAGCCAGAAGGUGGAACGCGUCCAGCGACACGCGAAUGUGUCGCACAUCAGUCUGGGAGAUGGAACCGUGGUCAGCUCGAGCAUGUACAAGAAGGAGUACGCCCCUAGACACAAGGGACCCUGUCCAGCUUCCCUGAUCGAGGCGAAACAAACGCCUUUCAAACAUACCAGAGACACGCCUAAGCACAAGUUCUACAUGCCUGUCGUUUCGAAUUAAUCGACGGCCAGGUCAUUCUUUCUGCCAUAUGCUAUAACUUGUAUGACUGUGAUCACGAUCCAUGCUGAUCGGAAACGAAUCGAUCUAUCUCUAGCAAAAAUCCCUUCAUUUGAGAACAAGAUAUUUCGCAUUUCCAUCGAAUCGGUAGAGCCUAUAAAAAAUCACAAGCCGUGAUGGUGUUUAUUUUACAGAGGAUCGCUUUCGUCGAUGCUCGGAUGCGGCGAGCUACGCGAUCGAGCUUACGCUCAUAUCGCGCAGACGAAAGUAAUGAUUUAUGUUCGCAUUAAACCACGUGUAUUACAAAGCAAUAACUAGAGCUUAAAUCCGUGAUACCGACGAAUCCUUGGAUUCGAUCGAUGAUAAUUAGAAUAGGAUCUCCCUCCUUGAUCAGCUACGUUUAACUCUUUCUUCUCGUUUAUUAACUACGUUAUCGAAGAUUUAACACGAUAUAUGUUAACCCGUAUCGCCGUUCCGUGUAGGAACGUAUUAUCGUUUAUUUUGUUUUGCCCUUUUGUAUUUUUUUCAUUCGUUCGCUAACGAAGAAUAAAGAUGAUUUAUCCAGUCUUUUUGUUUCCCAUUAUUUCCCUCUUUCGUUAACGAGACCAAGUGCUGUUCAUAGAUGAAUGUGAACAACGAGAGCUCCAUGGACUCGACGGUUCUUUUAUUUUUAUCGAUCUGUUACUAACCGUAGAUUAAGGAUCACGACUCGAAUAUGUACGCUAGAUUUACGUAUCGUCGAGUGGAAGAUUACUAACGAAAAUUAUCACGCUGGCACUUACAGCGUCGAUGUAAAUACGUAUCCUGGAAAAUUCAACGACCCCUCGCACCAGUUACGAAGUUAGAAAAGUUUUGUACAGAGAAGAUUGAUGAGGAACGUCUCUCGAUCGAAACACCUAUAUAUGUACAUACGUCUGUUUAUGCUGUCAUCGUGCGUAGAUAAUAAACGAAGUAUUUUGUGUA